UAUAUAUAUAUAUAUUUAUACAUAUGUAUAUAUAUAUUUACUUUUUUUUUUUUACAAAGAGAGCAUUUUGAGCAGACACCAAGGGGAGGAAGGAGAGAAGAUGUGGGACAAGAAGCAAGCGUCCCUCGCACUUGUGACCAUGGUGGUGGUCUGUGGCGCGGCGAGUGCAGCAAGACAACUAAACAUAGCCCCGGAUGCUGUGGACGACCUCUACCAAGGGUGCAGGGACGAGGUCAUGGAGCGCCUGAUCCACUCGGAGGUGCUGGGAAAAGAGCUGAGCGGCAACCCGGGCCUCAAGGCAGCGUGGAGCGACAAAUGCUCCACGCUCCUCCCGGGCGGUGUGAAGGAACAUACCGCCGCUCUCCUGGCCUACGCCAACGGGAACGCCUUCAAGAAGGCCUUCAACGACGAAGUGGAGACCACGGGAGCCAACGCCAGCACCUACGAGCGCAAUUUCCACUUCAAGUCCCUGCACUUCCUGCUCAUGGACGCCAUGAGGCUGGCGAAGCCGGCGACGUGCAGGAAUGUUUACCGCGUGUCCAGCGGCGACUACGCGGCGGAGAUGGGCGCCCCAGUGAGGUUCGGUAGAUUCACCACGGCGCACACGGACCUGUCGGUGAAGGAGGACGUGGACGACGGGGUCUACUUCAACAUCACCACCUGCUUCUUCGUCAGCCUGGAGGGCUUCUGCGGCCUGCAGGAGGACACCGCCAUCUUGUCCCCCGCGGAGGAGUUCACGGUGGUGGACGUCAAACAAGUCGACGACCACCAGGAGAUCGUUCUGAAGCAUUCCAAAAUGGAGGCUUUGCACAACUGCUACGGUUUCUCACGGGGGACGACGGCCCCGGUUGGCAAGGGGGCCGCAGCCGGCGUCGGCGCCCCCCGGGGGCUGGUGUUGGCCCUUGUGACCUUGCUGCUUUUUUCUUUAAACUGCUGACUCAACGCCAAUUAGCAUCCUCGCUUAGUACAGUGUUGCCUCGCCACUUCGUGGUUCACGUCCUGCGAUCCAUAGUACCGUAAUUUCCGGACUGCAGUGGGUCCGGGUUAUUUUUGCCUCAUCCCUCACUUAAAGCGUGAGUGAAGAAUGCACUACCGACCUGAUAAGUUCAAAAGAGUAAGAGAUGAUACAGUAUUAUGUGCUGACAUAUGCUACCUGGUGGUUGUUUGAGCACACUGCAGCUAGCCCUCGAUAGUCCCACUUCUUAGAGCUUUAGUCACACGCAGGAUUCUCACAGGAAUGAGGCAGAAAUACAACAUUAUCUACUGUACAACCCGCUUUACUUUAAUCCCCACUAGAGAUGUCCGAUAAAUGCUUUAAAAUGUAAUAUAGGAAAUUAUCGGUAUCGUUUUUUUUAUUAUCGGUAUCGUUUUUUGGUUUUUUUUUUAUUAAAUCAACAUAAAAAACACAAGAUACACUUACAAUUAGUGCACCAACCCAAAAAACCUCCCUCCCCCAUUUACACUCAUUCACACAAAAGGGUUUUUUCUUUCUUUUAUUAAUAUUCUGGUUCCUACAUUAUAUAUCAAUAUAUAUCAACACAGUCUGCAAGGGAUACAGUCCGUAAGCACACAUGAUUGUGCGUGCUGCUGGUCCACUAAUAGUACUAAACUUUAACAGUUAAUUUUACUCAUUUUCAUUAAUUACUAGUUUCUAUGUAACUGUUUUUAUAUUGUUUUACUUUAUUUUUUAUUCAAGAAAAUGUUUUUAAUUUAAUUAUCUUAUUUUAUUUUAUAUAUAUAUAUAUAUAUUUUUAAAUGGACCUUAUCUUCACCAUAACUGGUUGUCCAAAUUAGGCAUAAUAAUGUGUUAAUUCCACGACUGUAUAUAUCGGUAUCGGUUGAUAUCGGUAUCGGUAAUUAAAGAGUUGGACAAUAUCGGAAUAUCGGAUAUCGGCAAAAAGCCAUUAUCGGACAUCCCUAAUCCCCACCUUUUAGCCCUGCGCUUUAUACAACGUUGUGGUUAUUUUAUGGAUUUCUCCGGGUUCACAAGCUUCACGUGCCGCCAAAAAAUUUAGCCUCAUUACAUCAGACCAGUGUAAUUGCCCAACAGGUGACGGUGGACCAAUGAGAUUGUUCCCAUUACAUCCAACGCACUCACACAUCCAUUAAGUCAGCCAUUUAGCACUUAAUGGACUCACCGUCAUCGUGGAGCAAAAACGACCGAUUGCAAGUAACGCAGCCCCAAAUCCGAAGACGAUCGACACAUAAAAAAAACAAAAGUGGCGCCGCACUAAUGGGCCCCAAAAAGCCAGACGGAGGAUGUACACCGCGCCCAGUGACCACUGUAUGCCCUGGUACAGGCACUGUCUUUCGUUAAUGUUCAUGUUUCAAUGUGUACACCUGUGGUUUAUAGACAUGUGCGGCCAAUGUAUGUACAAAAUAAAAUGUGUCCAAAAAUUAGGUGGGUGCGGCUUAUAUGUAGGUGCGCUCUACAGCAGGCCUGGGCAAUUAUGUUUACAUACACUUGUAAAGAACAUAAUGUCAUGGCUGUCUUGAGUUUCCAAUAAUUUCUGCAACUUUAAUUUUUUUGUGAUAGAGUGAAUGGAGCACAUACUUGUUUGUCACAAAAAACAUUCAUGAAGUUUGGUUCUUUUAUGAAUUUAUUACGGGUCCAUUGAAAAUGUGACUAAAUACCCAGCAAUAUGUUUGGAGGAGAAAAAGUGAGGCCUUUAAUCCCAGAAACACCACGCCUACCGUCAAGAAUGGUGGUGGUAGUAUUGUGCUCUGGGGUUGUUUUGCUGCCAAUGGAACUGGUGCUUUACAGAGAGUAAAUGGGACAAUGAAAAAGGAGGAUUACCUCCAAAUUCUUCAGGACAACCUAAAAUCAUCAGCCCGGAGGUUGGGUCUUGGGCCCAAACACACGUCAAAAGUAGUAAAGGAAUGGCUAAAUCAGGCUAGAAUUAAGGUUUUAGAAUGGCCUUCCCAAAGUCCUAACUUAAACGUGUGGACAAUGCUGAAGAAACAAGUUCAUGUCAGAAAACCAACAAAUGUAGCUGAACUGCACCAAUUUUGUCAAGAGGAGUGGUCAAAAAUUCAUGCGAAGCUUGUGGAUGGCUACCAAAAGUGCCUUAUUGCAGUGAAACUUGCCAAGGGACAUGUAACCAAAUAUUAACAUUGCUGUAUGUAUACUUUUGACCCAGCAGAUUUGGUCACAUUUUCAGGAGACCCAUAAUAAAUUCAUAAAA